CCUUAAAAGGAUGGGUGUGCCCAAAUUGCUACCCAUGUCGUCAUCGUCUUCCUUCCUCUAUCGCGUUAGGGUUUUCAGAGAUGCUGCCUUCGCUUCGUUACACCCACGAGAGGCCGUGCGUGCGAGGAGCAAGAAAUAGUGCCUUUUGAAAAUCCUAUACUCGGAUGCUCGAAACGACACAUCACAAGAUCGCAAUUCUUUCGCAGGUUCUUCUCGUGUACUGGCGAAAUCGAAAGAUAUCAACGGUAUCUUGCGAAACGGUACGAUAGUUUCACUGAAAUUUUUUUUGAAAUGGAAGAGAAAGGAAAUCAGCAGGAAUCUAAUGCUUCAGCAGCAGGGGUUUACGAGUUACAUGGAGAACCUGCUAUUGUAAUCAAUGGGGUACCUGACAUAAUCCCUAGUAACAGCACUAUCCCUUUCCGUAAUGAUUCAACUGUUAAAACACACUUUCCUUCAGAUUUGGGUGAAUGGUUAGAAGGGAGGGAAGUCCGAAAGUGGUUUGAGGGAAGUUAUUACUCAGGUGCAGUAACUGAGUUUGACAAUGAAAAUGGUUGGUUCAGGGUUCACUAUGAAGAUGGUGACUCGGAAGAUCUUGAUUGGCAUGAGUUGGAAGAGGUGCUUCUUCCUAUGGAUGUCACAAUUCCGCUCAAGUCAUUGGCACAAAGGGUUGUCAGGAAAGACAAGAAAUCUGUUCAGAAAUCUGGGAAGAAUGUUGCUCGUUCACAAAAUCCCCCAAUCAAAAGAAGGACAACAAAAGGACAGUAGACCAUACUUCCAUGGCGAGAGGCUUUGGAUGAGAAUUUAGUGAUUUGUAGAUAUCAAUUACAUAGCCUGUAACACCAGAACUGGCAUACCAAGAAAUUAAACGAUUUUGAAGAUGCUCAUUUGAAAAAGCAAUUAGGAAAUUGAUGCUGACGGAAAUUAAAUAUUUUGUUGUAUCAGUGGGGAUUGUUGUUGUUUGUAGUUCGGGAAUUUGUCCCUAGAAAUUCAAAAGUUUGUUGUAGUAGUGUUGAUUGAUAUUGUGUUGUACCUGGUGCAUUACAUUACAGUACUGGCUUCAACGAGAUUUGCUAUGUUCUGUGCUGUGUGAAUAUA